CAUUGGGUGUGUGCAUUGGGUGUGGGUGUAUGUGCGUACAGUGCGUGUGUGUACAUUGGAUGUGUGUGUCUGUAGUGAGGGGAGCAGCGUGCACGUGCAUACAGUGUGUGUAUAGGGGGGAUGGCCCUGGCCCCUUUCCCCCGUGCUUAAGGCUGGAGGUGACAAGCAAUGGGACGGCGAAGUGACAUCCAGGAUGCCUGUGUGUGCGUGUGUGCUUGUGUUCGUGUGCAUACGUGUACUUGUGUGUCUGAGAACAGGCCAGGCCCCUUCCCCUGGGGGCACAAGACUGGAGGUGACAAGUGAUGGGACAGUAGAGUGACAUCCAAGAUGCAUGCAUGUGUGUAUGUUUGCGUGUAGGCGUGUGUGCGCAGGCAUAUGUGCACCAGUGUGUGUGUGAGUGUGUGUGUGUCAAUGUGUGUGGCCCUGGGCCCCCUCCCUGGGGUGUGCGCACCUGGAGAUGACGAGCAAUGGGACUGAGAAGCAGCGACAGCCUGUCUGCAGGGGCCUCCCUCCUUGUGCGGCCAGGGAGCUUUCUCUGCCCGAUGGCCCCUUGGCUCUUUGAUCGGCCAAAGGAGGAAGGGCUGAAAAGGGAUGCAGAGGACUUGUGUAGCUCAAGGGUGUUCAUGGCUACUAAAAUCAGGCAGGCCAGGGAUGGUUGGUCAGGUCUGGUUGUUGAAGCACUGGUGGUGGGUGUGAUGCCAGGUGCAGGUGAGAGCAGGACCCCAACUCCAAGGAGUUCAUGACAUAAGAUGGACAGUACUUGGUGUACCUGAGACGGGUGGUUGCAUUUUUAGUGGUACAGGAUGGCCUCAGUAGACUACCCGACAAGAGGAUGCAAUGCCUGAGAUCCAAGCCCAAAGCUGUUCAAUCCAUGAUUGGGGGGUAUCUUUUCACAUGAGCAUGGUAGUUCAUGACUUCAUGCAUAAAGCUUCGGAGUAUAAGUAGCAUCUCUAAUAUUCUCCGAGAUCCUCAAAGAGAGGCAAAGAUUUAUGAGCCGUUUGGUCUAUUAAAUUGUCUUUUCUCCGUUCCUGUCAUUGAUUCCCACUUCUUUAAUACAUUGACAUUGCAGGCCUUUCCUCCCUUGACAGGAGGGAAUUGUGGUUUAUCAGGGUUGCAGUAAACUAUUGCGGAGCAGAGAUGACAGGAAAAUAAGGUCUAAUUCUCCUGUCUACAGCCCACCUAGAAACAAAACUAAACUUAACUCGGGGGGAAUAUUGUAGGCGGGAGCUGAGAAGAGGGUGGGAAAAAUCAAAUGGAUUGGGGAAAAAAAGGAGUCUGGUUUGUGAUAGUCCAUUCUCUCUUUCUUCAGGGGAAAGAGAAAUGGUGAGCCUGGGGCCUGAGAGAGACUGAGAAGGAAACAAAUGUCACCAGUGGCUUUCUGCUCUACAUGCUCUUUCCCAGGGACAACAGAAACCUGAGGGGAUGUUUAAAGGAUAAGUGCCAAACACCAAAAUGAGUGUCACUUCGUGGUUCCUGGUGAGCAGCACUGGCAUUCGCCACCGCCUCCCGCGGGAGAUGAUAUUUGUCGGCAGAGAUGAAUGUGAACUAAUGCUCCAGUCCCGCAGUGUGGAUAAGCAGCAUGCAGUUAUCAACUAUGACAAGGAAAAAGAUGAGCACUGGGUGAAGGAUCUUGGAAGCUUAAACGGGACAUUCGUGAACGACGUGCGGAUUCCUGACCAGAAGUACAUCACGUUAAAACUGAAUGACGUGAUUCGCUUUGGCUACGAUUCGAACAUGUAUGUCCUGGAACAUAUUCAACACAAAGUCCCCGAGGAAGCAUUAAAGCAUGAGAAGUACACUAGCCAACUCCAGAUGAAUUUCAAGGGCACUGCAAUAAAAAGGGUGGAGCAGUCGAUGGAACAUGGUGGUUAUAACGAAUCUACACAAGCAAAACUGGAGAAAGGAGAGAGGAAAGCAAUUACAGAAACUGCCCCUUACCGCACCCCGCUCUAUGGUCAGCCAUCCUGGUGGGGAGAGGACGAUGCAAACAACAAGCUAGAGAGACAGGAGGACAGAAGGCAGGAGGAACAUUACUCGGAAAGAACAAAGGAGAUGCCCCAACAUGAAGAAGAGCUCAACGGUAACAUUAAUGCUUAUAGAGACUCCCAGGAACAGUCGGUAUAUGCAUUCCGACGAGAACCCAGUUACUUUGAAAUCCCCACUAAAGAAUUUCAGCAGCUGGCCAAAUCUCCUGAAACGCAGGUCCAUGAGAUCCCAACCAAGGACGUUGACUCAGUAGUUCCACCUGUUGUGCAAAGCCAUGCCUCUUUUACCAUUGAAUUUGAUGACGGUACACCUGGUAAAAUAAAGAUAAAAGAUCACGUUACUAAAUUUUCACUCAGACAAAGAAGACCCUUUAGUAAGGAACCUGCCCACACGGAGAUGAUCUCAGCGGAGAGCAAAGUGGCUGAUUGGCUGGUACAGAAUGAUCCAAGUUUAAUGAGAAGACAGUCUCCGGGAGAUGACGUGUACAGUACGAAGAGUGAUCUGCCCAUUCAUGUGAGGACGCUUAAAGGCAACAGACAUGAAGACGGGACACAAAGUGAUUCUGAAGACCCAGUUGCCCCCAAAGCCGAGAAGGAAACUGCUGGCAGCGACCGCACAGCUGAGCAAGCCAGACUUCAGCGUCAAAUUCGACGUGAUCCUCACGAGAUGCUUCACAACAAGCAGGCCUUUGUCAUCGAGUUCUUCGACGAUGACACACCUCGGAAAAAGAGGUCGCAGUCUUUCACGCAUAGUGCUCACUCUUCCCAGAGCGACACCGACCAGGGGCUGAAGGCUAAGGUCGAAAAGCGCAAAACUGUCCCUGCUGAGAAGCUAGGGGGCACGGUGCCCCCUCCUCAUGUGGUUACCCAGGCGAACAAGACACCCAGCACCCCUUCUGGGCCCACUCAGAGAACUGGCUACUUUAAGAGAGAGAAGACGGAGGAUCGGAUCAGCAGUUCAUCCUCCUCCACUUUGAGGACAUCUGCCAAGACAUAUGGCAGCGUUGGAAGGAAGUCUAAACUUGCUCAGGAUUUUGCUGCCGAAUAUCUGAGAGAGACCUCGCAAGCAGCAAAGUCAAGCAUGGAGAAGCCAGCCUCUGCACCAAUGGUAGUGGCUCCACGGGUCGUCAUUUCAUCAGCGCCAGAAACUGGUUCUGUGCCACCCACUGAUUCGAAGCUGGCCCAAAUAAGGAAGAAUGACGAGGAAGACAGCUUGAGCGAAACGGGCACCUACACCAUUGAGACAGAGUCACAGGACAAAGAAGUAGAAGAAGCCAGAAAAAUGAUAGAUCAGGUAUUUGGUGUGCUGGAGUCUCCUGAACUUUCCAGAAUCUCUUCAGCCUUUCGACCUAUUAUCAAGGGCGAAAAAGAAGAAACGGUCUCUCACCAGCAUCUAAUCAGUGAAAAUGGCACAAGUCAGAAAGCACCUCUGUUCCAGGCAUUCCCUUCAAAAAACACUAAUGGGUCCUCAGGCGAGAUGCAGAUGUCUUCAGCAUCCCAAGGCAGUCAAAAAUGGGUCUCUAGGUGGGCAAGUCUUGCUGACAGCUACUCAGAGCCAGGAUCUGCUCCUGCGCUGGGAGAAGGUGGUCAAGAAAGUGUCCCAGCUCGUGGACCAGGGGAGCCAGAAAUCAUGGUGCCUUCAAGGACAAGAAGGCUUCUUCCCCAGCUCCCUCCAAGUGAUAAAUGCGACAGUCCCACACCCACAGUUUUAAUUUGCCAAGACUCCUAUCCUGAAGUGUCAAAGCGGAACGUCAUAAAGAAUCACACUACAGAGGCCUACAUGGAUCCCAGCAGCCGACUGUUCAUCCAAGAAGACUUGGAUCCCGAUAGUCUUAGUGAUGCCAGCAAAUCUGAUGAUGGCUUUGGCUUAGAAAAAGGCAGGAAGUACAAAGAGAACAGCAACAUGCCUGAGCAAGAACGGCAGAGAGGGGAGGAGGGAAAACCUGAGAGCUGGCAGCCAGCAGCUCCACGGGGUUCAAGUAUCAGAGCCGUAAGUGAGACGGCAUCUACUUCCUUCUACAUUGGCGAUGAAGCAGAUGAGAUAGGAGUUCCCUCCAAGAUCACCCUGAGCACAUCUCAUUUUCGAGCAGACAAAGACUACAAAGAUCAAGUGUUUCCCUUCAAGGCAGCCAGCAUGGUUGUUUCUGGAAAGCCACUGGUCAAAGAUGUGAAUGCCUACAUCAGUGCAGCAGGGAAAAUAGUUGUACCCGCUCAUCAGAGUCUUCCUCAAGAGCAAGAAAACUUGGCCCCAAAGGAAAUGUCAUCCUUCGUUAGGCAGGAAAGUUUUACCAAAGAUAAAUCAAGCAGUGUUGUUCCUCAAAACAAACUCCCACAUAUUUCAAGUCAUCCCUUGCUUAAAGAUUUAGAUUCUACCCGGUCAAACCGUAUGGACUUCAAUCAGGACACCCAUCUUAUCCUCAAAGAUACUGAAACUGCUUUGGCAGCUCUAGAAGCCAAAAUACUUUGUCAAAGCCAACAGUUAGAGCCUUCAGAAGUUGUUUCUGGGCAACUUGAAGACUCCUUAUCUGGGGACUCUGAUGUGGACACAGCGAGCACUGUCAGCUUGGUCAGUGGAAAAAAUGUCCCAGUCACUGUCCCAAAACUUAAUGCUGUCACCAGCUUGCAGAAAGAAAAAUCUUCCUCUGCACCAUCCAUGCAAGACCAGGGCAUCCAACCUACCGCUCGCGAGAGGUUAUCGGAAAAGCGCAAGACACUUCCUCCUGAGACGGGAAGCCGAUCUGAAACGACCAAGCGUUUCCAAAUGAAACGUAGCUCUGGGACACGUGGGUCUCUGGAUUUUACAGAUGAUGAGAGGAGCUCUAGUCUUCCUUAUUUGCCAGUUACUGAAACAGCAUCCUCUGAUCAAGAGCAUUCUGUGGCCAGGCCUACAUCCAGGAGGAAACCUUUUACUCAGACUGUAAAAGAGGAGCAUAGCAAAGCAACAGCACAGAAGAUCCAGCAGGUUCUCACCAGGUCCAACAGUUUGUCGACCCCACGGCCCACCAGAGCCUCAAAGCUCCGCCGUGCCCGGUUGGGAGAUGCAUCGGAUAAUGAAUGUGUUGAUAUGGAGAAAACAGCCUCUGGGGUGGAAACCACAAGCUCAUCUUCUAAGCAAUCCACAGAGGCUAAGAAACUGUCCAGGCUAGACAUCCUCGCCAUGCCAAGGAAACGGGCAGGUUCAUUUACAGUGCCAAGUGACUCUGAAACAACACAAUCAAGAACAGGUUUUUCUGGGCGCAACACGGAGCCAUAUCGGAAGCCAGUGGCGUCUGAGGUUAGAACUGCAGCUAGAAAAACUGCAUCAGCUGCUUCUACCAAGCAGCCUUUCAGUAGAACUCGUUCUAGCAGUGUCAGAUAUUCAUCCUCUUCCACUUCAAGGAGGAGACUGCAGGGCUCAGAUUACACUUCUACUUCCGAGGAGGAGUAUGGCUCAAACCACAGCUCCCCUAAACACAAACGCUCCCAUACUUCAACAGCUACCCAGACGCCGCGGACACGUGGUUCUGGGCUAAGCCGACAGAAGCAGAAUGGGAGAGAAACGGAUGAUGAUGAAGACUUUGAUGAAGCUGACCCCUACAAUUUCAUUGCACAAACAGCAGAGAUAGCGGAAAUCGCCAGAUUAAGCCAAACCUUGGUGAAAGAUGUAGCCAUCCUUGCUAGAGAGAUUCAUGAUGUCGCUGGAGACGGGGAUUCUCAGAGCUCUUCAGGAACUGGACCAAGUACCUCCCACAGUUCGGUGCCCAACACCCCUGCUUCCACCAUAUCAGCGAGGGAAGAGAUUGCUCGUAGAUCUUUACGGCCGGCAUAUCCAUUUCAGCUGGUGCAGCACAUUCCAGAAGCAAGUCUGAACUACCAGAAGGUUCCUCCGGGGUCAAUGGAACUCAAGGAUUUUGAUCAAAACAUGAAUGAUAACAGAGAAGAGGAUCCUUCAAGGAAAACAAGGACGAGAAAUCGAGAGGAGGUCAUCUUUGACAACCUCAUGUUGAACCCAGUGUCGCAAUUAUCCCAUACAAUCCGUGAAAAUACAGAAAACCUGGCCGAAAAAAUGAAAAUUCUCUUUCAGAACUCUGAAAGGACUUGGGAGGAGAUGGAGGCCAAAAUUAACUCUGAAAAUGAAGUGCCAAUUUUAAAGACCUCAAACAAGGAAAUCAGUUCUAUUCUAAAGGAGUUAAGGAGAGUUCAGAAACAACUUGAAGUUAUAAAUGCAGUCAUUGACCCCACUGGGAACUUGGACGUGGUUGCAAAUAACAAAGCAUCCUCUGCUGCUAAACAAUCUAGUGCUCCUCUAGGCAGGACUGUUAACAUGGCUGGGUCCACGCUGGAGACUUUGUCCCCAGUUCAGAUUAGAAACUACACUCAGAAAUCGAACUGUGGAUCUUCUAGCUUGCAGGAUUCUAACUUCAUUUCAGAUGGAAAGAAAUAUGUGAUCUGACACACUAUUUUGUAUUGCAGUCCUAUUGUAAUUUACUGUGGCGUUAGUAUUGUGUACGAGUGGUUGUGGACAGUUUUUGUGUGGAGCAGUUGUUUAGAUUGCUAACACGUUGCACAAAAAAAAAAGAUCUAUGCUGUGUGGGUGAAUGGCAAGUCUGUGUAUGCCUUUUAAUCAAGACUAGCACUGUGGAGCAGCACAUAUUCAGCAUAGAGGCAAGCUAUGAUUUUGAGAAAGCAACUCACUUCAAUUCUUCUGACGUGCCAUAAAAAUAACAGGCUUUGUAUAUCCUCCAUUCACUACUGCUGAAGCUCUAAAGUGUUCUUGCAUUAGCCUGUUUAUAGCUUUGUUUCUGAUCAGUUAUAAUGAAGCUCUUUGAAAAAUAUAUAUACCUUUUUUGGUCAACACUACAUUUUUUUAAUUGAAACAUGGCGCAUUACAGUUCUGUAGGAAUCAACUUGCAUAUCUUGCUGUGUGAUGAUGCAGUACAGUUGGUUUCUGAUUUGCUUGUAUGGAAAAUGUUUUCGGUGUUUUUGCAAAAAGAAAAAAAAAGAAAAAGGAACCAUUUUGAACACAUCUGCAUCAUGCUUUUUAUCCAAAAAAGAUGGUGGUGGUUUGGUUUUGUUUUGUGCAUUGGGAAGGUGUAAGAUUAAGUAUGAUGUUAUGGAUGCAAAACGAUUAAUGCAAUUAAAAUUUCUGAACAUACUUCAGGCACAAAGCUUCAGGUAUACAGAUGUAGAUAUAAGAAGGUCAGUUUUUACAGUUAAGCUUGCCAGAGUCUCAUUUUUCCAGUACAACUGUGUUGUAUUAUGGCAUUUUUUUGAAAAAGUAAAAACAAAAAAUAAAGUGGGGAAUCUUGCAUACUGAGCUGCCAUCACUCGGAAAUGAGCUAAAGAGCAAGCUGUCUGUGAUCACCCAGUUACUAAGAAAAAUAUCUGUUCUGAUGGCUCAUGUAAUAAACGUAAUCACAUAAUGGCUGUGAAUAAAGUGUUCACACUACAGCACUCCAAAAUAAUGGCUUAAAUAUAGCUCUGCCUUUAUUACUAGUGCUGUCAUAAGACUUUUGUCUCCAGAUAUGCAUGAAUACACUUAAUUUUGUUGUAUUCUUGAGAACCUAUUCAACAGUGUAAAGCAGCAGGUAUUACAGUGUGGCAUGGGUCUGUCUUUUUUUUUUUUUUUAGGAUUAUUUUGCAGCAGCACUGAGCAGUAUAUCAUAAAAAAUGCUUUUUAUACCAAUCUGUCAGUUGAAUUCUGAAGUUCUAAAUGGUUAAAAGUUUGGUUAUAAUGGUUAAAGGGGGCUUUAUUUGAUUUUGGUGGGUUUUUUUGGUGGAGGGGGACUUUUGGCAAAUUACUUUUUUUUUUUUUUUCUUUUUGCUUCCAAUUUGAAAACUGGAAUCUGGAUCUAUUACAUUAAUUCUUCUAUUCUGAUUGAUAAACAGCAACAAAAUUGGGUUAAAAAAAAUCUGUCCACAUAGUUGUGGAAAGCACAUUUACUGAAGAAGGUAAGCAGGCUAAAAUCUAUUAUGCCCUCACUCAGUAUAUUUUUACCAGUGGAAAUAGCUUCCCCAGUUUAAUUGCUUUUGUGUAUUGGUGGGGGUGGGGCAAGACAGGGUGGGCCAGCUGGAUAGAUUAGUUAACUGAGCUUUUUCUGCUAAAAAUUUGUUUAAAAAAAAAAAAAAAAAUUAAAAAUAAAUACAAUAUGCAGGGAAGCUCAUAUGAUGAAUAUCAGCAAAGGGCGCGAUUCUGUUCCCAGUGAAGCCAGUUGGAGUAUUCCACUCAUUUUAGCAGAAGCGGAUUCAGUCCAUUCUAGUGUCCUCUUCAAGUGCUGACUGAGGGUAAAAAGCACGGUUCGGUGACCAAGCGAUCUAACAGAGGGCACAGCUUGUCCGCUAGGCUAGGGAUUCGGAUAAGUAUGCUGGUCUUCAGAAGGAGGAGGAUGAAGUAAAUCAUACUUGACAGAAUAACAAAGAAUUUGGCCUGCAUGCAUCUCCCUGACUUCCUGCUAUGUGGUUGCUGUCUUUUCAUUCUGAUGUCUCCUUCUGAAAUACUUGGCUGUGUCUUUGGUUAAUUGUAUAAGUGCUGGUAUGGCUCUUAACACAUGGGAUCCAUUAGUUUUCAAGGCCUUCUCAGUUUGGUUCUCAGUCAGGAAGGUGCUAACUCCAGCUUAUUGUGAAUUGAAGGAUCUUAGCAGCUCAAGGGAUCAUUAGUUUCACUUCUGCUCUAGACAGAUAAUUGCUUUUUCACUCAUCAACAUCUAGUUUUAUUUGCUUUUACUUUCUGUCACACUGAUCCCAUGUUGAUGGCUCUGCUCUGGUGGUUUUGUUUCUUGACAGAUUAUUUUUUAUAGAACAAUCACUUCUGUUUAGUUUCGCUUGAAACUUAUCAGUUUCUCCUUUCCUGGCUUAGAGGUACUCAGCUAUUAUUGCUCUUUGCUCUGUUUUUGAGGUACUCUACCAGCAUCUUCAUGCCAAGUGGGUAGACGCAUACAACAUGAUACCUUUUAAAAUGAGUGGCAAUAACGAUG